GUCAGUACCUAGGCAGAACCGCGAACUGCUCGGGCAUUGUGGCGACCGCUUUUGCUGAUAGUUUUGUUCACAGAGGUACUUCUCUGUCGAACUGGGACGCCAUUGAAGCGCAAACUACUGAGCGCAACCUCGGGAGUCAGCUCGACUGCUACUCUGCUGUGGAAAUUGUGAAGUCUCUUGGAGGGGUCGUGGUAGAGGAGGUUGUGGAUGCCACGGCUCUGCACGAAAUAACAGGCAAAAAUCUAAAAACCCGUGGCGCUCCAGGGGACUUCGAUCAAACUGCAGAUCCUAUGGGUUGGAGGUUAAUGAUUCCCAUUUUUUAGCACGAUAAGGGAUUAUCCAUUCGUUAUUUUUUUCUAAUUCGGGCUCUACCGAUUCCCGAAUGCUUAUGCUUAUAUAUGUUUUAGGGCUGCACGGUCCACCCUACUGUGGAUGGCCCUGUGGUGGCGCUCGCGCGCUCUUUUCCGCGCCGAUUUUCGCGGAUUCUAGUGGUGGAAGGCGUCAAAACUGGGCGCGGGCGUCCCCUUGCGCCUCUCUGUAUGUUCCUCAGGGACCUCCUGGCCUCUGCUGACCCUCGCAGGCUGGAGGUCUCCGGGGUAAAAGGCCGCGGAAGGCGGCCACGAUCUCAAGAGCAAGCAAGCCGAUGACCAGGGGCCCGGAGGGUACAGGCCACACGGCUCAGGGGGUCCAGCCCCUGGCCUUUUUCCGCCUUCGGGGGCCUUCCACACCUGGCGCACUGCUGCGGUGGCGAAGCAUACAGGAGGCCGGUAGGGUACAGGCAGGCAGCUGGAAGGGAGCGGAGCAGGUCCUUUGAGGCCUUCCACCCCCGGCUGACGCCUUCAAAAGGGGCGCGGGGCUGCACGGUGCCGCCCCUCGCUAGGGGGGGCACCGUAGCUCUGCGCCCUGGCUCAUAUAUCAUGCGAGAAGUCCCGUCUAGGCCUUGUUGCUGUUGAUCAUUCUAGCGUUCUGCUUUCAAGGAUAUGUGUGGACUUUCGUUGAUAUACAGGGUAAGAAACCGAAAGAAGAAGUAUACGAGUACGCCACGCUCUAAGAUUUCCACUAGUUGUGAUUCCCUGGCAUCCUUGUCACUCACAGACCGAUCGAGUGAGUUCGUCGAGUAUGUAUUGUGGAAUUUCCCACACGCGGGAUCGGACCACCAGAGCAAAUAUUAUUCAGCGUGUGGUAAGCCUAUCGAGGAAUUCGAAUGGUGCCAGAAGGACGAAGGCGUGCGUAGCAAUCAGGACCUGUUGUUUCAUUUCUUUCGGUCUGUAACGCUUUGUGUAACAGCUUCUCGGGGCGCCAUCACGAAGCGCGGAACUAGUUGCACAACGUCAAGGAGGGACUGUGGCAGCGCCAGGCAAGAUACAACCGGAGGCACUAACCACGACGAAAUGGCUCUAGCACAACACUCAUCUUGCCGUGCUGGGAUAGAUCUCAGUGCUUGCAUCGGGCCCAAGACACGAGUCCACAUCACACUGAAAAAUAGUGAUAUUUACCGCGAUUGGCACUUGGAGGAGAUCGCCCGACGACACGGAUGGCAUCUUGAGCGCCAGUUCCCGUUCGCUCUAGGCAUUUAUCAGAACCUGGGAUACCGUCACGGUGAUGGUCGCGAAGUCACGACCUCCCAAAUUAAGGCUCGUUCAUACUGCUUUUUUGGAGCAAGUUUCUUUGGUUGCUGGUAAUAGGUCCGAAUCUUUGCUGCACAUCCACUGCAAUUUGUAAGAAAGGAAAUGGAAUGAUCGUUGUGGAGUUGUAAUAGGGAACGUGUCAACGCAAGGGAUGUGUAUUCUGAAGCAGCAGUACGAUGACCACGAUGGCGGUUGUACUAGGAGAUAAAUUCUGUGAAAAGUUGUAGACACGAGAGAUUCAAGCUCUAACCUGACACAGGAGGACCGUAUUGAUCGCGCAGUGGUGUGCGAGUUCGUGUAUAGGCCGGGGAUGCAUUUUCGAUGGAGGCGCGGCCCCGGAGAUUUGGCAUCCUAAAUAUUUCCGUGGGGCUCAUUGCUGAAGAUGCACACUUACUUGGACGUAAUUUUAUUAAUGCCAGCACAUUUAUAAUGCAAAUAUAAUCGAAAUAUGUUGUGAACUGAAAUUUUACACGCACACUAAUCGCCUCUUCCUUGAUAAUAAAAAUGCGCUGUUGACGAGACGCGUGCCAGGAGGGUUACAGAAGACUCCCCGCCAGGAGGGUUACAUGCCGGCUGCGUACUUAAACUCAUUUAAUAUAUUCUCUGGCCCACUUUCAUGUUUAUCGUUAUCGACCGUGACCGAUUUGCAGGCUCUGAACCGUAGUAAGCACUCAGUCGUUAAGUCUGUCCAUACACUUAUCCCAAUCCCACAGCUAGGGUUACUUCUUUACAAACGGUUUCCGGCAUUCCACAAUGAAUCCAAGAUGAGACAAAUUUCUGUUUGUUCACGCUUAAUAAGAGCUUUUCAGCAUUACGUAUGGCGAACGAUACUGUUUUGUCUCGAAUGUUGGUGUAUCCAUUUACGCUGUGGCUUUGGUCCAGCGUGUUUUUUCGACUUUCUCCGUUCGUGCUAAUUGCUAAGGAUCCCAACGCUGAAAAUGAAAUGCGAUUCUAGACUGCAAAAGAAUUACUUAAAUUAGAUCCUCGACAUGGACAUUCAUAGGCAAAGAUAAAUCGAAUGGCGCAAGAUUUUCUUCUCCCGG